CGGAGGGAAAGGCCGGUACAAAGCGCCGUGCGCGCCGGGCACCGCCUGCCUUCUCUGCGCCUCGGAGCGAGUGGCUGUUUGGCCGGGGGGGCGGAAGUUGCUGCUCCUGCUGCUGCUGCUGGGUUGCAUGGGUGGCGGAGCCGCCGGUGCUGUUCUUGGGGGGCCCGGAGCCCCGGCUUCCCCGUCGCGCGCCCUGUAAGGCGAUGCCCCUGGCCGAGUAGGACGGCCCCGGUCCUCCUUUUGGAUGCUUUUCCCAGCCUCUCGCACUUGCCGCCGCCGCCGCCUUCCUGCUCCAGCAGCGGCCGCCGUCGAGGCUGCUCGGCCAGCGCCAUGCACACGGUGCAAAAGGACACCACCUUCACCAAGAUCUUCGUCGGGGGGCUGCCCUACCACACCACCGACUCCAGCCUGCGCAAGUACUUCGAGGUGUUCGGCGACAUCGAGGAAGCCGUGGUCAUCACCGAUCGGCAGACGGGCAAGUCCCGGGGAUAUGGCUUUGUGACUAUGGCUGACCGAGCUGCGGCCGAGAGGGCCUGCAAGGAUCCGAACCCCAUCAUCGACGGCCGGAAAGCCAAUGUCAACCUUGCGUAUCUGGGAGCGAAACCAAGGAGUAUUCAGACUGGUUUUACCUUGGGGGUGCAGCAGUUACACCCAGCACUCAUUCAGAGACCGUUUGGGCUCACGCAUCAUUUUAUCUACCCUCAAGCGCUUGUCCAGCCCAGCGUGGUCAUCCCGACACCUGUCCAGUCGAUCACAUCUCCAUACAUAGACUACACAACUGCAAGCCAGGCCUAUUCACAGUUCACCGCAGCUGCCUAUGACCAGUACCCAUAUGCUGCCUCUCCCGCUGCUGGCUACAUGGGGUAUGGCUACACGGGCACAGUUCAACAACCGCUCACAGCUGCCAACCCAACGGUAGCCGCCCCAACCGCUUUCAUGCAGUACCAGCCAACCCAACUGCAGCCAGAUCGUAUGCAGUAGAAGAGUGCUCUGGGCUUAUCUUCUUUGCUGGGGAGACUGUUCUUUUCUUUCCGUCUGUGAUGGAGUGGGAAGAUGUAAACAAGGAAAAGGAAAAAAAAUACCUGUGGAAUAACAAAAGCAAAAAAAAAAAUUAAAAGCUUUUAAAAACCAACCUUAUUAGGAAUGCAUAUCGAUACCUAAGCUAUUUAUAGUGUUACAGACAAGUUUUGUAAUCCUUGCAGAAAGACUGAACCGUACAGCAAUGGACUUCCUUUUAUCAAGACAAAUAAUGUUGCAAAGAUAGACUGAAAAAGACUUUACAACAUGAAAACUACAGGUUUUUGCACAUUUAAUGGCAGCCUCCUUCCAAUACCUAUUUUUCUCACUCCCAUUUAAAAACUUCUCUGUGUAUCCUUUAACCUAUCAAAUUCUGUUGUCUAGUUCCUUACCCUCAACACACAAGGUACUCGGAGAACACAGAAAUGGGGAGGGGAGGGGGGGGGAUUGCAAACUUUGUGUUGUUGUAUUAAAAAACUUUGUAAUACUCAGAGAUGCCUUACAGAAAAAAAAAGAAACUAUUUUAAUAUUUAUUGUGAUCUUUUUAUUCGCACGAGCUGUGAAUUGCAGAUGGAACGUCUGCCUUGUUUAAUUUCUCAACUAAAUUAUUGUAGGUAGGUAGGGGGGAAUUCCUAAGUAAGUGCUAAAUCACUUUCAACAUGCAAAAAGGGAAUAUUGGCUUUAAGGACGGCGAAAUAUUCCUUAGUCAACGCACUGUAAUUUUUUCUUAUUGUAAUUAUUACUCUGUUAUCUCAAAGUUUAGGUAUAUUUUUAAAUGCAAAAAAAAAAGGCGGACAAAAGAGGAAUACUGAACACAUUGUCUACUUUGAUAGAUCUUUUGUUAUAAUGCUGCAAAGUCUAGAGAAAUCGUACAGUAUUUAUAUAAAAGUGAAGCAGGUGUGGGUCAUAAGCCCCCAGUGCUUGGGGGAAAGCCAGAAAUAGUUUUUAAGAAGUGUUACACACUUGAACAAAAGAAUUUAAAAGGUGACACUGAUGCUUAAUGGUACAACAGCUGAUUAAGCGAGAGAGAGAAAAAGACUGUAAGUUAAGUACAUUUUUACAAAAAAAGAGCAAUAAACUAUUUUGAUUUUUAAAACAA